GUGCGUUUCCCAAAAGCAUCGUUAGCUAACUGGUCGCAAGUUCUAUUCAACUCUCUCGGUAACGACGGAAGUUGCGAACAUAGUAGCUUUCGGUGAACAAAUAUUUAAAAAACCAAACGACACAUCACAAAGAUCCGGUUCAAAAGCAUCAUUCGAUGCCGAAUCGUACGUCACUACUAGGCAGGCUGCUCGCUGUGUUUUGAAACGCAGCCGGUGUCUGAGCAUGUGCUGUUACUGCUGCAGUGAAGUAAAACAUGUCAAUUAUCACCGGACAGCGGCGAGAGGACAGAGAGAGCCGGCUACAAAUGUAUUCAGAGGGGCAACCGGUGUAACGGUUUUCUGUUUAAUUCUUCUGUUUAACACCAAAACGAGGCCCGGCUCCUCUACACAUACAGCAGCGGAAGAAUAAUAAGCCUAUUAACUCCACACGUCAAAAUCAAAAAGGAAGAUGGUGAACAUGGCAAACACGAUGACCCCUGAGCCCCUUACGGCCCUCUCUCGAUGGUACUUGUAUGCCAUCCACGGUUACUUCUGUGAAGUCAUGUUCACGGCCGCCUGGGAGUUUGUGGUGAACUGUAACUGGAAGUUUCCCGGCGUGACGAGCGUGUGGGCGCUCUUCAUCUACGGAACCUGCAUCCUGAUCGUAGAGCGCAUGUACCUUUGUCUACGGGACCGCUGCAAUGUGCUGCUCCGCUGCAUCAUUUACACACUGUGGACGUACCUGUGGGAGUUUGGCACGGGUUUGCUGCUACAGCAGUUCAAUGCCUGUCCAUGGGACUACUCCGAGUUUAAAUAUAACUUCAUGGGCCUGAUCACGGCAGAGUACGCUGUGCCUUGGUUCUGCGCCUCCUUUAUCGUAGAACGCCUAGUGAUCCGCAACACGCUCCGGUUGCGUUUCGACGAGGCCGUCGAUCCCAGCCAGGCUCAAGAGUGUUUGGACAGAGGCGGCGGAGGACGAAGAGCACGAGGGGCCACCAGCACAAACGGCUACGUGAAGGUGGAUUGAGGAUGAUGUCAACACCCAUCCCCAUCUCAAAGCUCCCGUCACCCAUGACUCUCUCCGCACAUCUCUCAAUCUCUCUCCCGCCUGCUUCCAGGGAAAGAGUCGCUCAGACACAACUGGAGCAGCUCCAGCAGAGACAGUAGCACAACUGUGAAGAACUUUCUGAUUUAUUGUUCAACUGGCGUUCUUCGCUCUUGUGAAGGAACGUUCAUUUGCCAUCUCAGUGCUCUGCGUUUACUGCCCUUGCUUUGGCCGAGUAGCUGUUAAGUAAAAGGUUUGUCUGGCUGAUGGCAAAAUGAGAAUUAACCCUCCAUCUCUACCACCAUACUGUACCUCCCAAACCAGUCCAUCCACUCCAACCCUCCGGGAGGGGACAAACUAAAUGACUCGUGUUCCUUCGUCCAAAAAAAACAGGAACACAAACACAUCACUUGUAGAGAGUCAAAAAGAUAUUUAUAACCACCCCCCCUCAAAAUAAAGUCCUUUUAGAUUAUAAACCGUGUGUAUGAUGUAUAUGUAGUAGCAAAAGCAACUAACUGUUAGGAUAGCUUACCUUUUGAAUGCUAGUUUGUGUUAUUUAUUAAUAUCUAAAACGUAGUUAAGAAAUGUCAUGAUAAUAUAUAAGAAAUGUAUUGUGUAUAUAUACUGUAUGACCUAAAGCUAUGCCUUGUACUUGAAUUUGGUGUUUUUUUACAUUCUUCAAAAACUCCAGUGCUUGAACAUGCAUGAAAGUUGUCUUCCAGGAGAUUUUUUCAAAUUCAGACUGAUCUUAAAUGUUGUGUACAAUUUAUUUCAUCCUUCUUUUUUUUUCUGUGGUCAUUUUUCUCAUGGAGAUUUAUAGAGGCCUGGUGCUCAGUACUGAAACCAGAAAAGCAUCACAGUUUCCUGUGUUUUCAGGGGAGAGAAGGAGUUGGUGCGGUAAAUGUGUCGAUGAACUGGUGCUAGAUCCUCAUCGAGUCUUUAAGGGAUCUGAUGAUAGUCACAAUAAAAGCAUCUAGUACAUAGGUUCACUGACCUCAGGUACGUCACUGUUAAUUAUUUCAGCUCCGUCUCUCAUAUGUCAUGAAGUAACGGAUGAAGAUUAAGAGAAAUAUUGUGGCAAAUUAUUUAAAAUGCCAACAACACCUUGGUAUUACCUGCAUGGCUACAAUUUCAGGUUAUGGAUUUGCAAGAAAGUUUUGUUGUAUUGGUUCUGUUGUUCCUGACCAAACAAAAAAUGUAUUAAACCCACACGUUU